CAAGUGUGUUUUCUAGAUUUGAAUUCAUCCUAUCAGCUUCUGCUUUCCAAUAUAAAAGCACCAACAUUUUUUAAAAUGUUCAGUUUCAUUCAAAGAUUUAAUAAUUACACAAGUGACAAUUUGAAGCCUAUUUGAAGAAUGGCUAAGCUAAUGAUAAUCCUCGCUGUUUGCGUCGCCGUGACAAUGGCGUAUCCAGGUCAUGGUGGCGGUCGAGGUGGUCACGGUCAAGGUGGUUACGGUCAAGGCGGUUACGGUCAAGGUGGUUUUAAUGGCGGUCAAGGUGGUCUAGGAGGCGGUCAAGGUGGUUACGGUCAAGGUGGUUAUGGUCAAGGUGGUUUUAAUGGCGGCCAAGGUGGUCUAGGAGGCGGUCAAGGUGGUUACGGUCAAGGUGGUUUUAAUGGCGGUCAAGGUGGUCUAGGAGGCGGUCAAGGUGGUUUUGGUGGACAAGGCGGAUAUGGUGGCCAUGGUUAUUAAAAUUUUCGAUUAUAUAUAAAAAGUUUUAACACCACAAUUAAUUGACGCGUUAAAAGUAUUAAAAUAGAAAAAAAAUAAAAACUGAUAAAAAGGAA